CAUUCACGGGGGGCAGCUGGCCCCUCACCGGCACCACUCCUCAUCGCCCCAGCUGCUGCCCCCGCCAAGGCCAGCCAGUGCAGGCAACGGAUAUUUGGGCGCGUCCUCGCACCGAGGCAUCAUGGGUAGCGGCCCCGCGCCGGGAGGGAUUCUGGGAAAAUCUGCGACUCCCCCCGGGACGGGAUUGGCUGCCGGAGGGAGGAGGCUGGACUCGGGCAGAUCGCACGGACCAAUGGGCAAGCAGCCUGCCAUGUCCCUCAUGCUGAACCAGCGGGUGAGCUGUGGCCAAGGAGUGCAGGGGCUCAUGUCGGGAUACGCGGGCAGCUACAGUAGUGACUUCCUGCUGUCCACUGGCGAGCUGUCCCCGCUGGCUGGGUUCCCCUCUCCCCCCGGGGGGCCUCACGUCUCCGUGCCAGGCUGGGUGCACACCCAGCAGACCUCUCACAACCCCGCGGCGCUCAACACCCUCGCGUCGUGCGCCAGCAGCCUGUCCCACCACCCGGCGCUGCCUCACCACAUCAGCAUCAAGGCCGAGCCGCAGUCCCCACCACCACCGCCGCCACCGCCACCACCACCGCCACCACUGCCACCACCGCGGGACCUCUCCACCCCGGCCACGCAGAGCUCCUGCCGCUCCUCCCCGGUGGCGCCGCCGCAGAUGGCGCCGCCGGCUCACGCCGCCAGCCUGAGCAGCCCCGGGCUGGGACCGGCGGGGUUCGCAGCGGCGCGCUCACCCCGCGGUGGCGGCGAUUCGUGUGAUGAAGAUCGGCAAUACCACCAUCAGCACCAGCAGCAACAGCACCAGCAGCAGCAGCAGCAGCAGCGUGUCCACCAGCACCACCAGCAGCAGCAGCAGCAAGACCUCCGGCACCCUCCGUUUGACGACUGUGAGGCCACUGCGGCGAAACGGGUUCAUCUGGACGUGUGGAACGUCUGAUGGGAUGACCGAUGGUGUGAAGGGAGGGGGGGGGGCGACCCCAACGGGAAGCCUCCGUGUAGACAGGACACUGUCUCCGACCCCCCUCCCCACUCCCGUUUUUCUCAAAAAUCCACGGGGUGGAAUUGUUUAAUUUCUCAUUUUCAUUUUCGAGAGUUUGCAGAUUUAGAAGCGGCUCAGAGGUCACGUGCUGAGCUGGCGCCCGAUUAGAGCGUGGGUUUGAAAUCCAGGAUAUGGCCGCCCUGUGAUUAAACCAGGUUCUCAGGUGUGGUCUCAGCCUGGUCCACCAGCGACUCGGGUAGGGACCCAUAGACUGAGUUAGACACCCAUAAACUCACAUAGGAGACCAAUAGACUCACAUAGAGACCCAUAGACUCACAUAGGAGACCAAUAGACUCACACAGAGACCAAUAGACUCACACAGAGACCCGUAGACUCACGUGGAGACCAAUAGACUCACACAGAGUACAAUAGACUCACACAGAGACCUGUAGACUCACAUAGGAGACCAAUAGACUCACAUAGAGACCCAUAGACUCACAUAGGAGACCAAUAGACUCACAUAGAAACCAAUAGAAUCACACAAAGACCCAUAGACUCACGUAGAGACCAAUAUAAUAGCAUAGAGACCCAUAGAUUCACAUAGACACCCAUAGACUCACAUAGGAGACCAAUAGGCUCACAUAUAGACCCAUAGAUUCACAUAGAGACCCAUAGACUCACAUAGAGACCCACAUAAUCACAUCGAAACCAAUAGAAUCACACAAAGACCAAUAGACUCACGUAGAGACCAAUAUAAUAACAUAGAGAUCCAUAGAUUCACAUAGAGAUCCAUAGACUCACAUAGUGACCUGUAAACUCACAUAGAUACCCCUAGAAUCACAUAGAGACGCAUAGACUCACAUAGAGUCCAGUAGACUCACAUAGAGACCGUAGACUCACACAGAGAGCAAUAGACUCACACAGAGACCCAUAGACUCACGUGGAGACCCAUAGACUCACACAGAGACCAAUAGCCUCACACAGAGACCCGUAGACUCACACAGAGACCCGUAGACUCACACGGAGACCAAUAGACUCACACAGAGACCCGUAGACUCACAUGGAGACCCGUAGACUCACACAAAGACCAAUAGACUCACGCAGAGACCCAUAGACUCACACAGAGACCCAUAGACUCACACAGAGACCCAUAGACUCACACAGUGACCCAUAGAAUCACACAGUGACCCAUAGAUUCACACAGUGACCCAUAGACCCUCAUAGAGACCCAUAGACAAACAUAGAUCCAUAGACUCACACAGAGACCAAUAGACUCACACAGAGACCCGUAGACUCACACAGAGACCCGUAGACUCACACGUAGAUCCGUAGACUCACACAGAGACCAAUAGACUCACACAGAGACCAAUAGACUCACGUGGAGUGUGCAGACCCAUAUACUGUACUCACGUAGACUGAUUUGCGAUGAAAUCAGCUUCUCAAGUGGAGCGAGUUGAUGGUUUCAGUCCAUUCCCUAAUGUCUGCACGCAAAACAUAAAAACCCGAUCACGUUCAAAUGUCUUUUUUAAUUGGGUGAAAUUCCGAGCUCUGAGAAUUGAAAAUAUUUCCGCUUUGACUGCGGCGCGGCGGGUACGGGUUAAGAGAGAGGUCAACUCGAUGCGACCUCGGUAGGCAGUAGCCGCCCCGACCCCCGUGGUGACAUCUCCAGCCACAGGGUCACCUGCCUCUCGCGAUCUCUGAGAGGUCCCGAUGGUCACCCCAGGGGUAAGCGCUAGUGUAGCGGUUAGCGCUACGCUGCGCUAUGAACCCGGCGACACGAGGUUCGAUUCCCACUCACCGCCAACACCAGUGACGAUUAUCUGAACCGGUCCCGGACCUCCCCUAGGUCGACUCAGCCUCAAAUGAGUACCUGGUGCGGUGUGUAAACAUUGCCACUAGGGAGACAAAGGCGGUCGGGCGUGGUGCUGGCCACCCACCCCCUCGUGUACCGUUCCGGCCUUCAUAGGUGCUCGCUAACAGCACUUGCCCCUACAGUCUGUUACAGGCUACACGGGGGAUAUUUGUUGUUAUUGCGGUUCUCUGCCAUCACGUGGUGAUUCUAUUCCAGGGUGGCAUCGAUUCUCUCAGAACAUACGUUACAGUCUUGUUCUUCCACAACGCGUUAGUACAGGGACUGCUUUACCUACGAACACUCGACUUACGAAAUUUCAGCUGUUCAGACCGAGAGUCGUAAUUUCAACCGCCGUACAAUAUAUGGUGGUGGUGGCAUCUACAUCGGCAGAACAUGAAGAGGCAGUGGCAUCUACAUCUGCAGGAGAUUAAACAACUUUUAAAGCCAUUCCCCAUGUUUAAUGUACAUGCCGCACAACACGUUUGAAAUCGACAGGAGUAAAGUUGGACUUAUGAACAAAUCGACUUACAAACAGACCUCUGGAACCUAACUCGUUCGUAGGUAGAGGAGUCCCUGUGGUUGUGUUCCCGAAGAACGCCACGUUAUGGAAAAAUCGCGUUAUCAUGAAUAAUAUAUAACAUAGGGUAAAGCACAGUCCGCGAUAACACGUGAGAUGCGUACGCAGGCCGAACAAGGACUGAGGAACGUGGGGUAGCAUCUAGAAGCAUCCAGCAGCAUCCCAGUGCCUCGUGUGACGCUACGCCGAGACAGCCGUACAAACCGCUUACUCCUACUCGCGCUGCGACGUAGUUCCGUUCACUCCAUCGCGUUAUAUACAAUUCGCGUCCCGCGUUACAAAAAGUAUACUGUUACCUAACACAUUCAUCGUCGCGGUAUAUCCAAAUCGCGCGAUGAAAACUACGCGGCGUUAUAGAACAGACUGUAUGUUGAACUUCUUUUGCACCGUACAUAGCCGACCGUGCUAAUCGGAGAUGCAAUAUUGAGUCUAUGGGUAGUGUUGAGUCUAUGGGCAGUGUUGAGUCUAUGGGCAGUGUUGAGUCUAUGGGUAGUGUUGAGUCUACGGGCAGUGUUGAGUCUAUGGGUAGUUUUGAGUCUAUGGGCAGUGUUGAGUCUACGGGCUGUGUUGAGUCUAUGAGCAGUGUUGAUUCUAUGGGAGUGUUAGUCUUUGGGCAUUGUUGAGUCUAUGGGAAGUGUUGAGUCUAUGGGUAGUAUUGAGUCUAUGGGCAGUGUUGAGUCUAUGGGUAGUGUUGAGUAUAUGGGCAGCAUUGAGUCUGGGCAGUGUUGAGUCAAGGGGCAGUGUUGAGUCUAUGGGCAGUGGUUAGUCUAUGGGCAGUGUUGAGUCUAUGAGCAGUGUUGAGUCUAUGGGUAGUGUUAGUCUUUGGGCAUUGUUGAGUCUAUGGGAAGUGUUAGUCUAUGGGCAGCAUUGAGUCUGGGCAGUGUUGAGUCUAUGGGCAAUGCUGAGUCUAUGAGUAGUGUUGAGUCUAUGGGUCGUGUUAGGUCUAUGGUGCAGUAUGCCAUCUAUGUAUGUUGAACUUAUUUCGCAUGUACGUAGCCAACGGUGCUAAUAGGAGGUGUGGGUGGGGAAUAGGACAACAAACUAAACGCAAAAAUCGGUUCUAAAGAAGUGAGUAUCGGAGGGAAGAGCGUUCCAGACAGCCGCAGAAGUGCCUCUGAAAGCACCGGGCGAUACAGUGACCCGUCUUCCUCCGACGGUUCGCCAAAAGCUCUCGCCAAUAAGACUCCAACCCUCGGUCUCUUGAAACCAACUUGAAACUCGGGGUUGAGCGGUUACUUUGCUUCAGACAAUCACUGAAAGAAACUAAGGCCAUUCCAGUGUGUGCGUGUAUGGUAUGCGGAACUUUUUCGCAACACCACCACCGUACGUUGCCAAACCGUGCUAAUCGGAGGUGCGCGGGAAUUGGAAAUUUCAGUUUUCAGUUUCAUUCAUUAGGUAUAAACCUAUGAGCAAUGCGGCUCUUGACUCGGGUGCAACCACAACAAACAAAAACAUGAACAAAUAACAUCUUAAAGUGACUACACGCAACAGACACAUCCAGGAAAAAACAGCAAAAUCGUCCGGAAAAAGCACCGCACAUCAACGCUGUGUGCAAAAAUCCAAGUGGGAUGCAAGUCAAACAAUAACCACCAUAAGACAAUUUAGAUCAAAGUUAUCAGGCUAACUCUGUACUUCAACAAACAAACAUGGCUAAACCAAACGUUUUCUAAAUCACCAAAAUAAAGCUAUAAAAGCAAUGUAACAGUGAUCAUAGGAACUGUGAUUCAAAUUUAACAAUAAACGAUAUACAUAACAUGUACGACCAAACUUUGCAGCCAUAGCUGGCAUCAUGAGUCACUCCAUAACAGCUGGAGUAUCAGUAGCAGUAUCAACAUGUUUCAAUGCACCUUUAAAGAUCAGCACACUAUAAUCAAAACUCAAGGUCAUACUUUGCAGCGGACAUCCGGAGCGACAUGAAAGCUAAAUGCAAAGAUCAGUUCUGAAGAAAUGCGUUUGUCAAUCUAGAGCAGUGGUUUUUCUUAACCUGGGAUGCCCCACGCACCCUUGGGGGUGCAAGAUGCCCUCUCUGGGGGUGCGAGACAUGGCCACAUG